CACAAAGGUCUGCUACGAAUAGAACUACUCGUGGCCCGUCACAUAUUUGGCCUCUCUUUUGGACGGGAAAUUCAAGCUCAAGAGUGCAUACAAAUGCUGAAUCUGGGACAGAGUCUGCCAGGGUCUGCUGUGAAAGAUUUGCUGAUAGUCGGCCUUGAUUGCGAAAACAAUUCCCUUGGACAACUUCCCACGCAAUUCCAAAUAGCACUCUCCAUAUUGGACACUCGACAUUUACAACGCAAUACUUCGGAUGGAGAUCUCCUUAGAACAUAUCAAUUCAUCGUUGGAAGUCCGAAGUACUUCAAGGAAGCCUCCAAAGCUAUCUGUUUCGGUCAAUCGAAGCAUGUCAGUUUUCAAGAUCUCAAUAAAGAGAUCGGGGAUGCAGUCGCUGGACGAGAUAUACUUCUUGUUGUUUAUGGUGCAGGAUACACUAUCCCGUUUCUUGAGAUAGCUGGCAUUCGACUACGGCCUCUGUUCAUCCUAGACGUACUUAAAGUCGCCCAACACCUACUUGAUCUAUCUUAUCGAAUCAAACUGGAGGAAAUGCUCAAACUCUUAGGAUGCAUGCAAUCUACAUGGUUUCUACGUCGCAGGUAACAAGGCGAACUUUAACGUUUGCAGCCUCUUGCUUAUCGCCAGGAUCGAUGCGCUUGAUCAUCCUCUUUUGAAAGAGGCCGAGGAGAGUCUUCUCGUGCAAUUCGAAAGGAUUGGUAAUAUGCAGGUGCCGUUGAGCGCAAAUGAGCAAGAACAAGCAGAAAAGAUCAGACGAGACAAGGAGAAAACAGAAAGGAAGAGGGAGAAGAGAAGGGCGAGGGAAAAUCAAAAUAUAGACCAGCUUGGAGAUUCGUUAGGAGGCUUGCACUUGCAUCCUCUGAAAGCCAGAAUGCGCCAUCAGCUGCUCAUCUGAGUACAA